AUGGAUUAUAAGAAUAACUCUGAAUAUUUUGAAAAGAGGUUAUUAAAUAUUGCAGUUCUUGAUCAGCAUUUAGCUAAAGCAUUAGACACUCCAAUAGUUAAACAAAUGUUUGGUACUUGGAAAAGAAUUGGAUUGAUUUAUUUCUCUCUAUAUGAAAUUACAGAAUUUUUUCAUAAUAAUCAUUUAAUAGAAAAUAAAACUAAUAAGUUUGCUUCAAAAUAUAAAGCAUUUUCUGAAAAUAUGUUAAAGGACAUUAAAUUCUAG